UCAAUACAUUAAGGGCAUAUAAAUCAUUGCCAAGUCGGAGACACCUUCCCUCCUAUCCUUCUGCACCGGAAUCGUGAACCGCUUCAUUCGCCGGAGGCAGAGAGAGAGAGAGAGAGAGAGAGAGAGAGAGAGAGGAACCGGAGCAACACCGUGGUGCCAUGCGUUCGCUAUUUUGUGAUUCCUUGACUUGCUAUGAGGCAGUGUUGUAGGUAACUGCUCUUGUUCCGCAUGUUUUGGUCUGAAUUGCAAUGCAUUGGUGGGAUACCGCAGUUUCUUCUCCCUCCUCCUCCGCCGAUGACAACUAUAUUAACAAUAGGACUAAUGGCGGUCGUAUGUCCAAUGCUGUUUCCUUGUUCUCCACUAGUCGUCCGGUAGGAUCUCAUCACCGGCGCGGUGUUACUAGCUCAAGGACUGACCAGCACCUCACCGAUGACGACGUCGUUGUCCAGACGCCUUCCCGGUCCAUUUCCACGCCUCAGACUUUGCCUCUCCCUGAAUUUCGAGUUCUGCUAAAACGCGGUUUCCGCUGUAAAUCUGCCGCCAAUCAGACAUCCAAGUACGUCCUGCCUUCGCCGGAAGACGCCAUUAGGAAAUCCGUGAAGAAAACAGGAGUUUCCGAUGCCAAUCACAGCGAUUUAAAAGAACCUCCUCGCAUAACUAGCCUAGAUCGCUCAAGGGAUACAGAACGCAAGGAAUCAAAGUUUCUCCAGAAUUCGCCUCAACGAUUCAAUUUCUCAUCAAGCUCAAGAGAUGGACACAAACAUGGUACAACUGUCAGUGCUCCAACCACUCCAAUAUCAAGCCACGCAAUUCAAGUAUGGUCACCACCAGAGCUGUCUUCACCUCUUCAUAGCCCUCAAAUAAGAACCAGUACCAAAAAUCCUACGCCAUCAAGCUCUCCAUUGCACAAGAAAUCGCCCAUUGAAAGUCCAAUGAGUCGACAUGGCAGCAAUGCACAGGUGUCAGCGGCUUCAGUCCACCCUUUGCCUCUCCCCCCAGGAGCUCCUGUGCAUCCACCUUCUUCCCCAGCAAAUACUAACAACAAACCUCAUUCGGUGACACCAAGACAAAGUCAAUGGCAAAAGGGAAAGCUUAUAGGUCGUGGGACAUUUGGAACUGUUUAUGUUGGCUCUAACAGAGAGACUGGCGCUUUAUGUGCAAUGAAAGAAGUAGAAAUAUUACCAGAUGACCCAAAAUCUGCAGAGUCUAUAAAGCAAUUAGAGCAGGAAAUCAAUGUUCUAAGCCAGCUUAAACAUCCAAACAUCGUACAAUAUUAUGGUAGCGAAAUAGUUGGGAACCGGCUUUACAUAUAUUUAGAGUAUGUUCAUCCUGGCUCAAUCAAUAAGUAUGCUCGUGAUCAUUUUGGAGGAAUGACAGAAUCUAUUGUAAGAAGUUUUACACGUCAUAUUGUAUCAGGGCUAGCCUACUUGCAUAGCACAAAGACCAUACACAGAGAUAUCAAAGGGGCUAAUUUGCUAGUUGAUGCAAAUGGUGUUGUGAAGCUUGCUGACUUUGGGAUGGCUAAACAUCUCAGUGGACAAGUACAUCUUUCUUUGAAAGGAAGUCCCUAUUGGAUGGCUCCAGAGCUCUUACAGGGUGAGACACAAAAGGAUUCUAAUCCUGAUCUUGCUCUAGCUGUUGAUAUAUGGAGUUUGGGUUGUACAAUUAUUGAAAUGAUGAAUGGAAAACCUCCUUGGAGUGAGUUUGAAGGGCCUGCAGCAAUGUUCAAGGUGAUGAAGGAGACUCCACCAAUACCUGAAUCAAUGUCACCUGAAGGAAAAAGCUUCUUGCAUUGUUGCUUUAUUAGGAAUCCUGCAGAAAGAUCAACAGCUACAAUGUUACUUGAACAUAGGUUCUUGAACAACUCAAGCCAGCUUGACAUUCCAGCUUCUACCAAUUCACCUAAUAGGAUGACAUUAACGCAAUCUAGUGGGCCACUGUCUACAGUGUGGGUCAGCUCAGAAGUUGUUGGAAUAGUAAACCCUUUUGCAGAAAAAUUGAAUUCUCAUUUUUUUCAGGUGCAAAACCGAAGAGAACGGUCAAGGCAUAGACCGGAUUAGUUGUCAAUGACAAAAGGGAAGCUUCUAAACAAGGGUGCGAAGGGUCGGUGUUACUUGAUGCAACCAAUAGUUUCCAGAGUGAAAAGGACGCGAAUCCUAAUAGAAAUUCAGCAAGAGGAUUUGAGCUUAUUGAGAGCAUAAAAGCAAACGUUGAAAAAGCUUGUCCAGGAA